AUGGCCAGGUCCUGCAGGACAAAAAUGCCUCCUGCUGCUGCUCAUGCCACUGGGAGGAAAGUAACUCCAGAAGAGACCAAGCUCCCCUCAGAGAUUCUCAAAGGUCUUCUGCAGCACCACAAUUUAAAAGCAUUGAUUCUAUGGCACCCAGUUUUGCUAGUUCAACUCUCUGAUCCAUAUAUUGUUGCUGGAAAAUAUCCAUAUGGACGUUCAUUGACAAGGCCUCGACAGCCGGAUGGGCUUCUGCUCUGGGCCACUGAGGCAGUGGAAGCGUCCAAGGAGUGCAGUGGCAUGUCUCUGGCCACCCUCAAGAAGACGCUGGUGGCCUCCGGAUAUGACAUGGAGAAGAACAGCCGCAUCAACCUGGGGCUCAAGAGCUUGGUGAGCAAAGGCAUUUUGGUGCAGACCAAAGGCACCGGCGCUUCUGGCUCCUUCAAGUUCAACAAGAAGGCCUCUGCCAGUGAGGACAAAGGUAAGAGGAAGAAGACCACUGCGGCCAAGGCCAAGAAGCCCUCUGGCGCUGCUGCCAAGAAGCCCAAGAAGGCGGCGGGGGCGGGAGCUGCCAAGAAGAGCGUGAAGAAGAUGCCAAAGAAGCUCAAGAAGCUGGCUGCGAUGGGAGCCGAGAAGGUGACCAAGAGCCCGAAGAAGCCCAAAGUUGCCAAGCCAAAAAAAGUGGCUAAGAGACUGGCCAAGGCCAAGCUGGUCAGGCCCAAGGGGGCUAAACCCAAGGCAGCGAAACCUAAGAAGUCAUAG